AUGGCACGUACUAAGCAGACGGCACGUAAAUCAACAGGAGGAAAAGCUCCAAGAAAGCAGUUGGCAACGAAAGCUGCCCGUAAGUCGGCGCCUUCGACCGGAGGUGUCAAGAAACCCCAUCGUUACCGGCCGGGUACCGUCGCUCUCCGUGAGAUCAGGCGAUACCAAAAAUCCACCGAGUUAUUGAUCCGAAAACUGCCGUUCCAGCGUUUAGUGCGUGAAAUCGCUCAAGAUUUCAAGACAGAUCUGCGCUUCCAGAGCGCAGCCGUUGGUGCUCUACAAGAAGCCAGCGAGGCGUACUUGGUGGGUUUGUUUGAAGAUACUAACCUGUGCGCUAUCCACGCAAAACGAGUGACAAUCAUGCCAAAAGAUAUCCAAUUGGCAAGACGCAUCCGAGGUGAACGGGCCUAA